AUGUCGUGGAUAAUGAUUGAUUCUAGCCUCAAGGGAAGCAUUUGGUCACCCAACUCCAUGAUAAAAAGCCCAUACUUCCUUAAUGACUCUCAACAGCGCAGUAGAACUCCAGCUUCUGUCGUCCCCGUAAGAAAAGGGAUAAGAAAACAACAGCGUUCAACAUCAGCAAGUGCUGUUAGACGGAGGAAAACUAUCAAUCCCAACAGUAGUGGCACUAAGAACAGUAAUGAUAAUAGCAAUAUCAAUACCAACAAAAAGAAGAAAAAAGAUAAGAAGUCAAUGGCUGCACUUGGGCAGACAACUACUACUAUCAAUGGAGACAAGAGGAGUACGGAAUAUAGACAUGCAUCCCCCGCUGGAUCGCCUAUGAAUAGUAUAGAAACUGAUUAUGAUGAGAAAUCACAAAGUUUCCUUGAUCGUGCUUGGGGAAAGUUUGGUGAAGCUCGUGUGUUAACUCAACAGAAAUUAUUUCAAUCCGCAUGGCAAGCACUCAUGGAAGCCAAAGAACUCAUUGAUACCGCUGGUGAUAUCUCCCGUGUAGCUACGGAUAGUGGUAUAAUGAUGAUGAAUAACAAUAGACAACAACAGGCAUUAGUUCAACUUGGGCAUGAAUUAAAUAUCGCCACGCAGGCAUGGUUGGUGCGGGAACGAUUGACGGGAGAAGAAACACCAACAAAGUGUAAAUUAAUGCGAAGUGGUAGUGCCACUGCCACCGUUCGGGCUUUACAACAACAACAUUAUGAAGAAGAACAACAACUACUACAACAACAACAACAACAACAAAGGGCAAAGGAAGAAGAGAAAGAGGAAGAAGAAAAAGAGGAAAAAGAAAAGGAAGAGUUAGCAGAUAUCACAGUGGAUAUAUUGGAUGAAAAGAAAAACAAUGAUACCUUCAUACCAGAUAUCUCUUCCAAUCAUAAUCAUCAUAAUCAUAAUAAUCAUAAUCAUCGUAUUCACUCUGACAUUCCCGGUGUUUCCUUAGAUAUUCACAGCAGUAAUACCAACAUCUAUCUCGAUCGCUGGACUCAUCAUAGUGAUAUGGGUCUAGUGAAUAGUCACUCCCCACGAUUGCGGGAGUUGUGGGAUACGACUGUGCAGACUCCAGCGAAAUCUCCCAAUCUGCGGUAUAGUGAUGGGAUCGUAGCAGCAAUGCGGCGUGCGAAUGUGUGGGAAGCAGCAACAGCAACAGCAACACCGCAGAUUAUCUCCGCUAUUCCAUCCACCGCAAUGGAAGAAGAUGUGGGAUGUAUACAAAGACAAGAUAGACAAGAGAGGAAAGAGAAAGAGAAACAGGAAGAAGAGCAGGAAGGAAAAUAUGGUACAAGGAAUAUAUAUAAAAGAUUUACACAGGAUGUAUCUACACAUUCCACGGUAUCUUCAUUGUUGGAAGAUGUGAAUAGAUUGAAUGUAACUCCAAUUACGGUCGCAGAUACUUUACAUACUUCACCCGUACAAGAAUCAAGAAAACGAUCUAUACUAGACUUGGGAGAACCACAACUUGUGCCACUUUAUGCCUUUGAAGUUGUGAAACCAAAAACUCCACGAAAAAAGGAUCAUCCACUUUCUACACCAAUUGUUUCUGUACCUGUUGCGUCUCACUUUGAUCAUAGUGCUGUUGAUACUACUACCAAUACUACUAAUAGUAAUAUUAUUACUGCUGUUGCUGCUCAGGUACCAUGCGGUACAACGGUGCAAACUGUUUCCUCUUGUGCAAUUCCGGAAGAAAAAGAGAAGCAACCAUCAUUAUCGUCUUCUUCUGUAAUUGUUUCUAAUAGUUAUCGAGGACCUGUGGUAACGUCUAGUGUGUGUUAUGGUUCCAUCCGUGCAGGUGGUGAAAUGCGAGGAGGAGAAAGUAUUCGCCUUCCACAGUAUGUAAAUAUCUACAAUAUUAAACAAGGUAAUAGAGAUACUCGUCAAGGUAUGGGUGAAACCACAACUAGUAAUGUGGAUGUAGAUCCUACUACCAAUGAUAAUGGUAAUGGCAGUACAAAGAUGUUUGAUUUAUCGAAAAAGGAAUCAUUGGCAGAUGUGGAUACUGUAUUUAGUACACAUGAUGUAAUGAAGAGUGUUAAACGUGAUGUGAUAAGUACAUCAACGGAUAAUGUAAAACAGUUGGAGAACACUCAACUCAGUGUGAAGAGUUUACAACAGUCUACUUCUCAUAAUACUACUACUACUACUACUACUACUUCUCAUAAUACUACCAUGCAUGAUGAUAUUCCUGGUGAGAAACCAGAGAUCAGUACAGUGGAUCAUGAAAAUAGUGAUGUCUCUAUGUAUGAUACAGUUCCAUUAACAGAGUCUGCACUCCAGCAUUACUUUGAUGAUGUUGAUAAUUAUCAAGAGGCCCGUGUACUCCAUCAACGCAUGGUACGUUAUUUAUUAUGUGAACGAAGUGUAGAAGAAGAAAAGGAAGAAGAAAGAAAACAACAAGGUAAACGUCCCUCACGAGCGGCAUAUUUAUUAGGAUUACUGGAAGAGUCUUAUCAUGAUUGGCUGGUGGAUCAUCUUGGAAUAAAGAAACGUCAUCGCUCUUCUGGUAGUAAUAUCAAAGAAAAUAGACAAACCUUAUCCACAGCCUCUGUUACCACAAGUGAGUAUACACAGAUGGAGAGUAGGAAAGAAACAGAAAGUAUUCAUAUACAUGAGAGUAGAAAAUUAGAUAUUGCCUCACCAGAGAUGUUUGAAUCUACACAGGAACCAAUUUCUUCUAUUCCUCCAGCUACUCCAAGAGAAACAGAGACAAGAAAAACAAUAGCUAAUGAAGAUAAGACUAAAGUACAGAUGGAGGAGUUUAAUAGAAUACCACCUCGAGAGAUACAAGAGAGAAAUGGAAUGAACGGUAUAUUCUCUCAUAAUGUCGCACUUAAACAUGUUGAGGAAACAAAGGAAGAAGAAGAAGAAGAGAAAAAAGAAAAAGAACAACAGCACGAAGGAGAAGAAUAUAAACAGAGAGAAGAAGAAGAAAGCAAUAAGGUCCAUCCUGUAUCUACGCCGCAACGUAGUGGACGAACUUUUGUUUUUGUACGUGAGAAAGGUCAAUGA